UGCGUAUAAAUAGGAGGAAGGCUCUUCUCUUUCUUUCCAAGUCCUGUUACGACUUAAGACCCGCACAAGCAACAUCCCUGUCCCUCACUCUCCCUCCAGCAAUCUCUCCCCCGCCCCUCCAGAUUUGAAUAUCUCUGUUUUUUUUCAGUGACAAAUUCUGCCUCCAAAUCUCCUGUUCCGAAAGUUUUCGAAAAAGAAAUUUCGAGCCAUCUACACGAUCAUAUACAAUCUAUAUAAUGUUGGUUGCAGAAUUUUAAAAAUUUUUUAAAAGAAAGGUUGCAGCAUUAUUGGUUGUAAUUGGAUUGCAGUGCGUGAUUUUGAAUGGGGAGAGGAAAUAGUCAUAGAGAGGAAGGGGAGAGUAGAAAUGGCGAAGGAGAAUACGAGGUGGAAGAUUUGAGGGACAGAAUAAAGUCCUCCCGAGGAAGCCGAUUCGAAUUGAUCGAGCACGAGUUAGGACUCGACUCGACUCACCGGCGGUUUAGCAGACAAAGCGUGAUCAACGGCCUCAAAGACCUGUCCCAAGGGCUCGUCAUUCAUCCUGACAACAGGUGGUAUCGGGCAUGGGAAAAAUUCAUACUCAUUUGGGCUGUUUACUCAUCAUUUUUUACACCUUUCGAGUUCGGGUUCUUCAGGGGAUUGCCGAGAAAGCUCCUCUUCAUGGAUAUUGCAGGUCAGGCAGCUUUCCUUGUGGACAUUAUCCUGCAAUUCCUUGUGGCCUAUAGGGAUAGUCAGACCUAUAGAAUGGUCUAUAAGCGAACUCCAAUUGCGCUUCGAUACAUAAAAUCCCACUUUAUCAUUGACCUUCUUGGUUGCAUGCCUUGGGAUUUCAUUUAUAAGGCUGUUGGCCACAAAGAAGUGGUCAGAUACUUUCUGUGGAUCAGAUUGAGUCGGGUACGCAAGGGCAAUAAGUUUUUUCAGCAUAUGGAGAAAGAUAUUCGGAUCAAUUAUCUCUUCACUAGGAUAGUAAAACUUAUUGCUGUUGAGCUAUAUUGCACGCAUACUGCAGCCUGCAUAUUCUAUUAUCUUGCUACCACUCUGCCUCCUGAGAAAGAAGGCUACACAUGGAUUGGGAGUUUGAAGCUAGGUGAUUACCAGUACUCAAGCUUCAGAGAUAUUGAUCUAUGGAAGAGGUACACAACUUCAAUGUAUUUUGCCAUCGUCACCAUGGCAACUGUGGGUUACGGAGAUAUUCAUGCAGUCAAUGUGAGAGAAAUGAUCUUCAUUAUGAUUUAUGUUUCUUUCGACAUGAUUCUUGGUGCUUAUCUGAUUGGUAACAUGACAGCACUAAUCGUCAAAGGAUCAAAGACAGAAAAAUAUAGGGACAAAAUGACUGAUCUAAUCAAAUAUAUGAACAGAAAUAGACUUGGGAAGGACAUCCGUAAUCAAAUCAGAGGCCAUUUGCGCUUGCAGUAUGAAAGCAGCUAUACAGAUGCUGCUGUACUCCAGGAUAUUCCCAUCUCUAUCCGUGCUAAGAUUUCUCAGAGUUUAUACAAGUCCUAUAUCGAAGAGGUUAUUCUUUUUAAGGGAUGUUCAGCAGAAUUUAUCAAUCAGAUAGUAACUAGAGUUCACGAGGAGUUCUUCCUUCCGGGAGAAGUCAUUAUGGAACAAGGACAUGCAGUAGACCAGCUAUAUUUUGUCUGCCAUGGUGUUUUGGAGGAGGUUGGCACAGCAAAAGAUGGCUCGGAAGAGACACUUUCACUUCUAGAGCCUAACAGUGUAUUUGGAAUUGUUUCUAUUCUUUGUAACAUUCCACAGCCGUAUACUGUUCGGGUUUGUGAGCUAUGUCGACUUCUUCGGAUUGAUAAGCAGUCAUUCUCCAAUAUUCUUGAGGUUUAUUUUCAUGAUGGGAGAACAGUUCUGACUAACUUACUGGAGGAAAAGGAUUCAGCUUUUAGCUUGAAGCAACUGGAGUCAGACAUUACACUCCAUAUUGUAAAGCAAGAGGCUGAACUGGCUCUGAAGGUAAAUAGUGCAGCUUAUUACGGUGAUCUUCAGCAGCUGAAAAAUUUGAUCCGAGCUGGUGCUGAUCCUAACAAGAACGAUUAUGAUGGACGGUCGCCCUUGCAUCUUGCUGCAUCAAGAGGAUAUGAAGAUAUUGCUCAAUUUCUUAUCCAAGAGGGUGUAGACAUAAAUGUCACAGAUAACUUUGGCAACACGCCAUUACUUGAAGCUAUCAAGAGUGGACAUGAACAUGUUGCAUCAUUACUUGUGAAAGAAGGAGCAUCGUUGCAGAUUGAGAAUGCUGGUAACUUUUUGUGUACGGUGGUUGCGAAGGGCGACUCGGAUCUCCUUCGAAGGUUUCUAACUAGAGGCAUUGAUCCAAACUCCAAGGACUAUGAUCAACGAACUCCACUCCAUGUAGCUGCUUCUCAAGGACAAUAUUUUAUGGCAAAGUUGCUUUUGGAUGCAGGGGCUAGUGUUUUCGCAAGGGACAGAUGGGGAAACACUCCACUUGAUGAGGGGAGAAUUUCUGGAAAUAAGAAUAUGAUGGACCUCUUAGAAGAAGCAGAAUCAGCUCAAUCAUCAGAAUUGUCUGAUCUUUCUCAAGAGAGCACAGAUGGAAUUCUGUGGACGACAACGGAUAAAAUGCUACGACGGAAAUGCACUGUGUUUCCUUUUCACCCUUGGGAGCCUAAGGAUGCUCGAAAAUGCGGUGUUGUAUUAUGGGUUCCUGAGAGCAUCGAAGAGCUGAUUAGAGAAGCAUCAAAGCAGCUGAAUUUUUCUUCCUGCACUUGUAUACUAUCAGAGGAUGCAGGUAAAAUUAUCGAUGUGGAUAUGAUCAGUAAUAAUCAAAAGCUGUAUUUGAUGAAUGAAACGGAUUGAGGAUUGAUUCCCAGUGUAAAAUGUAAUGCAAGCGGCUCUGGCCCUGUAUAAUAGUGUAUCAUCGAUUCAAAGAGAAAAAUAAAAUAAAAUGAAUUGGUUUU